ACAUGUACAGUAUAGUUAAGAAACAAUUAUGGCAUUAGGCUGAGUAUGAUCUGAAGAGUUAUGGAGAUCGAGGAGGGUGUUAAGCACCCUUGGAGAUCUGCAUAACUCUUCAGAUCAAAAACUGAAUCCAAUACCUAGUUUAAACAUAAACUAAAACAUGCAUACCCUAAUUGAUGUUAAGUUUCCAUCUUCAUUUGCCUGUUUCUUGGCUAGUUCAGGAUAUGAAGGGAUUUUUUGUGUAGCAGAUAUCAUCUGUAGGCAGUAUGGCCAUUUCUUCUAUGUAAAAUGUGUGAAAUGUUCUGCCAUUCUGUCUUCUUUGCAUGGCUUCGUCUUCUCAGUUGCUGUCCUUUUUUUCUGGCAACCACGAUUACAGUUGAACCUCCAUUAAGUUGCUGCCCUUGCCAGGGUAGAAGCAAGUGGCUGCUUAAUGGAGCUUGGCUGCUCACAGGAUUGUCAUAAAAAUAAGCAUAAUAUUUAGCAGAAACAUCACUUUAUUAUGAAACAAACCCAUGACAUCAUUUUGGUCCACAUGAUCCAGAAUUGUCAUCAAGCACUUGACACACUUAGGGUUUUAUUAAGAAUUUCUUUUGCAUGAUGACAUCAUUUUACUACUAUGACCAGAAUCCUUCAGGGUUUUGCUUUCUUGUGCAAAUUAGGGCUUUCGUUAUCGAAACCUCACUGGGAUUACCAAAUUAAAAUAUGAAAGGAAAAACGAAAAGUAUUCUUCAAUUAUUUCCGGAAUUUGGUUACUGGCCACUUUUAAAAUAGUGCGUGGCUGCUUAAUGGGGGCUUAACUGUAGUAUUACCAUUGAGGUCAUUUUGUGGAUAUUGCAAAUGCUGUAAACAUUUUGUCAAUGCUAGCUGGACAUGAAGACUUAACCAUGGGAAAUGAACCAAUCAGAAACAGAAAUAUUUUGAAGGAAUAAUGAUAAUAAUAAUAAUUAUCACAGGCUUGACUGUGAUAACAUCAUAGUGACAUCAAAACGUUUUGGCUGAUUUAUAAUUACUAUUUUUCGAUAAAUUUGUCUUCUUUUUGGGCAGUGAGUGUGUGCAGUAUGUCAAGACAUUCAAUCUUCCUUUGUUGGUUCUUGGAGGAGGAGGAUACACAAUUAAAAAUGUUGCAAGAUGCUGGUAAAAAAAACUGCAUAAAAUGCUACUUUAAAUGUAUUGUUGAAUCAAGCAGUGCUGUUCUUAAUUUAGUCAAAUGUGGUUUAGUUUAGUUGGACUGAUCUUUUAACCAUUUUUUUGUAAUAUGCAGUACAGAUAAAAUUUUGUUGCCCUAAUGCUUAAUGCCUUGUUUUAGUUCGGAUAUCCUUGGGCCUACACUACUAUUUUGAUGAAUUCCUUGAUUCAAUUGUCUGAAUGCUUCCAGAAAUGAAGUAAUAGUUAUGUAGAAAAUGAGGGUUAAUGCUUCAUCCCGGGUUCCAAAGACUGAGAAACAGUUGAAAGCACAAGGCCAAAGGUCAAGUGUUUUCAACUGUUUAGAGGUGUUUUUAUUUAGUGGUUUAUGUCUCUUGUGAAUUCUCUGAUAUACAUGUACAUGUAUACCAUUAAAUUCAUAGCUAGUUACAAAUUCACGGUCUUUACAAAGGUGUUUUAUUUGACCUUUGUUGCAGGGCAUAUGAGACGUCCCUUUUGGUGGAUCAAGAAAUUUCCAACGAAAUACCUUACAACGGUAAAAUAAUACUUGAAAUACAUAUUUUGUUUUGUACAACAGUGCAUACUCGCACAAGCCACCAGCCGGCUUGCUGUGGUGGCAGACCUUCAUGGGGUGGAUGUUUUUCUCAGCCACUUAAAAGCAAAUUGAUAUGUGAUGUGAUGUAAUGUCAAAUAAUAGGAGCUUUUAAUUUGGGAACAAGAAGACCGUAACUGACUGAGCCAUUUAUAUUACUGUUUGAGGAAAGUGAGAAGCAGCUUGUCGUCUUCGCUGAUACUUUCCGUUAAGUUGUGGUAAAAACAUAUUAUUUUCUUUCUGGAAGUCAUAGCGUAUUAUUUUAUAAUAUCGUUAGAGCACUGAGAGUUUUAUGUGAUGUGCAAGAAAUCAGUUGCUAUUGUUAAUAGUAGUAUUCAGUAUUAAUUUUAACUGUUAUUUAAGCAUGACUAUGUAUUCGUGUAAAAAAGAAAGAAAAAGUUAUUACCGAACUGUUUUUUUUCUAACAAAAAUUAUUCACUUAUUAUACACAGAGACCAUUGCUUUGCUUAUUGAUGGCUUUAAAGGACAUGCAUAUGACUUUAUAUCACAGAAUGACAUCUAAAACCUUGUGUUUAAGGCUUGUUACUUAUACGAGUUUAGAUCCAGUUGAACACCUGGUUGGAUUGUGUAUUUUGGAGCGGCAGACAACACAACAGUUUGGCCACACUUGAACAGUUUUUGCAAUAACAUUAGGGAAGCAUGCAGUGGCCCUUUUUUUUUCUUAGUUUUGAUCAAAUAAAAAGCGUGGAAUUAUUUCAGCUUAAAUUGUAACAUAUAGGACGGUGUCGGGUUUGUUUGGAAAUUCCAUAGAACACAGCUCAACAUUACUCAAUUUUGUUAGUUACAGUCAUGUUUAAAUGGGCCCUCUUUUCAGGUGUCCUUUUAUUGUCAAAAUUAUCGUUGAAUGAGUUUUAUUAUCCAGUUUAACAAUCUAACCUCUGCUGUAUUUCCUUUGUUUCAGAUUACUUAGAGUACUUUGCUCCAGACUUUUCUUUGUAUCCUGAUAUUGCAGCCAGGAUAGAGAAUCAAAACACCAAACAGGUGCGGUGUUUAAUUCAGGACUUCUUACUCUUCUCCUUUCAGAGCCUGAGUACAGCCGCCCUUGGCCUGCGUAGCAAGCGCCGAUUUUAUAUUUUUACAGGCCGCGCGUGGGGGACACGCCCCUUUCCUCGAGGAACGCGCGUCCUCUAGAUUACUUCCUUCACCCUAAAAAUAAACCGGCGCCUGCCACGCAGGCUACUGGCCGCCCUCUCCCCCCAAACGAAAUUGGGGAAUGAGGAAUUUUCUUUUGAUGGAAGGGGGCGGUUGACACAGGCUACUUUUUUAACGUCAGGUAAAGGUUAAGCCUUAAAAAGCAAAAUACAGAGGUGCAUGUGGACUCCACUGAAAGCUAUCAAACUUAAACCAGACUCUCAUUUUCUGUAUUUUCAACUGUUGUCCUUUUUGAAGGACCUUGUAACAGAUUCACGAUUGUUGUAUAAAUAUUCUUUUUAUUUGGUGUUUAGUACUUGGAGCACAUAAAACACACUGUGAUUGAAAACAUCAAGUGCGUAACAGGAGCCCCUAGUGUUCAAAUGCAGGAGGUCCCCCCGGAUUUUAUGUGCCUGGAGUCAUUAGAAGAUCAGGAAGAUCCUGAUGGCAGACACGAUGAUGAAUCAAGGUCUGUAAAGGAGCCGAAGGGAGGGGAGGUAUAGAUCAGGUUGGUCAAGAAGAAAGGGUAAAGGAGGGAGAGAAAUCAAGGGGGUGGGAGAUAGAAGGGGGGGGGAGAAUGGACCGAAAGGAUAUUGAAGGGAGCCUGUGCUGAAUUUCGUUUGCUCUGGGUGUGCUUAAUGUUAUACCCAACCACGUUGUUUAUAAACCAUAUUUUUGAGUUUUGUCUAAGCUUAAGUUGUCAGUUCUUGCAAAAAUAGCUCGGGUAAAAGAUAAGGGGCGAUUGUGUGCAAUUUUUGAAUUUAUAACCAUGUAUUUACCUAAGGGAGGGAAAAAUGAGGUAAAACACCAGAAGGUAAAAGUCCGUUAUGAAACUUAUACAUAAACACCCACAGCUGCUUACCUACCUACCUACCUACCCACCUACUGUACCUACCUACCCACCUACUGUACCUGCCUACCCACCUACUGUACCUACCUACCCACCUACUGUACCUACCUACCCACCUACUGUACCUACCUACCCACCUACUAUACCUGCCUACCCACCUACUGUACCUACCUACCCACCUACUGUACCUACCUACCCACCUACUGUACCCACCUACCCACCUACUGUACCUACCUACCCACCUACUGUACCUACCUACCGCUACCGCUACCUACCUACUGUAGCUACUUACCCACCUACCUACUGUACGUGCUUAUCGACCUACUUACUGUACCUACCCACCUACUGUACCUACCUACCCACCUACCUACUGUAGGUACUUAUCUACCUACCUACUGUACCUACCUAGACUACAUACCAGGGAACGAACCCUGUGAAGAUUAUUAUUACCUAAUUUUAAAAUUCAAACAGUAAACUGAUCCUUAUGGCAGGAACAGUGAUAGAGAAAAUAAAGAAAGAAAACAAACAUUUGCAGCACAAACCUUCAACGGGGUUUCAUUUUUCUUUUCUAUCCCCCGUUGCAUUGGAGUCAUCGAAACGUCGUGUUACUUUUUUAUCGUUGAUUUUUCUUUUGAAAUAUAGUUCACCACUUUAUUUUUGUUUUCUCUCUUUAUUUUUUCUAUCACUCUUCGUGCCGUAAGGAUUAGUUUACUGUUUUAAUAUUAAAAUUUGGUAUCGAAGAUUUUACUGAUCCAGGUCUAUUAAGUUGGCUCCGUAAUUAAUACUAGAGCAUUUAGCUGUGACAAAUUUUCCGUCAUAACUUUUUCGUUUUUAACGCGAUGGCUGCGAAACUUUGCAAAGAGCAACAGAAGUCAUUCACUAAUAAUCUGAAAUAUUCCGAUUUCAUUGAUGGUAAAUAUUUCUUGAGAAAUUAGCGCUUAAAAGGACCCUAUUGUUCAAAGAAAAUCGCGUCUAGCAAAACAUUUUGCUGAUAUUUUUCACUGAAAUUUCUUGUAUUGGCUUUUAUUGAUAUAAUAAAUAUGCCAAAGAAAUGUCAGUAAAAUCGUUGGAGUAGAAGUCCGUAACUAAAAGUCGCUCAAAAUUCAGCUGUAAAAUUAUUUUAGAAUUUCAAAAAUAAAUUACUAUCAGGUAGAAGGAGCCACCAGUUCGAAUUUUCGGGACAAGUACAUUCAGUGUUUGCCAAUUCUGAAAACAAAAGCCGAUUGCCUAUCGUGCUAUUCUUUAAAAGGUACUUUUUAGUUUUAGAAGCACUAUAAAUUGCUCCAAACCUUGCUGUGAAGUCGAAUGACUUCUUCCUUGACAUUUUUAUAAUAUCCCUCGGCAGUUUUGGUUCAAACUCCUGCUACAUACAUUUUGAUGUAUAGCAAUGCAUCCUCAACGGCUUUUCCUGCUGUACGUUGCUUCUAAUUCAGGAAAAAGGUAUUGGGAUUGUAAGCUACCUUGUAUCGAAGCUCAGAUAGAACUGUCCAGCACCUUUGUUUAUGACCAGAAAAUGAGCACGAGCGGCAGCUCUGCGAGGAAUUCGCACCUCAGCCAGGGGGGACGAAUGGCAAUGAUACCCAUGUCUGCGAACCGAUUUGCAUAAACAUGUAUUGCAGAGCAGAACAUAAUAAUCAAGAAAAAACUACCCAUUCAUUGAAGGAAGGAGUGACAAAAAUUUCAGAGUUGUAAAUUUAUCCUCGGGCAGUAUUUUUGCGAUAAUUUAAUUUUGCACUGUGAUGUAAUUCGGUUCACAGGCAUGGGCAUAAUUGUCGUUUGUCCCCCCCGGGUGAGGUGCGAAUUCUUUGCAGAACUGCCACUCGUGCUCAUUUUGUAGUCAUAAACAAAGGUGCUGGACAGUUCUAUCUGAGCUCUGGUACGGGGUAGCGUCCAAUCUCAAUACCUUUUUCCUGUGUUGGAGGCAACGAACACCAGUAAAGGUCGUUGAAAAUGCAUUGCAAUACAUCAAAAUGUAUGUAGCAGGAGUUUGAGCCAAAACUGCCAAACGAUAUUUUAAAAAUGUCAAGAAACAAGUCAUUCUACUUCACAGCAAGGUUUGGAGAAAUUUAUAGUGCUUCUAAAACUAAAAGGUACCUUUUAAAGAAUAGCACGAUAGGCAAUGGGCUUUUGUUUUAAGAAUUAGCAAACAUUGAAUUUACUUGUCCCGAAAAUUCAAACUGGUGUCUCCUUCUAGCUGAUAGUAAUUUAUUCUUGAGAUUCCAAAACAAUUUCACAGUUAAAUACUGAGCGACUUUAAGGUGAUUCCCUAGUAAAAGAACGUAACGUAGAUUGUAGGUGAAACUUGGUACACUGAUGUAACAAGUCAAGAUGAUGAUAAAAAAGUAAUAAAAAGUGGGGGUCACCGUGCUCGUUUUGACGUCACAAUUCUGACAAAUACGGCUAUUUAGGAACCUUUUACAAAGACCGCGGGCAGCCCAAAACUAGACAAAAAGGAGAGUUUUUUUCGAUGAUGCAUGUGGUAUCACACAGAAUUAGACUUUAAUAUAUUGUUUAUCCACUUAAGUACCAGAAAAAUACCUUUUAAUGCCCUUGUUUUUACUUUACGCUACAAAGUAGCAUUAAAUUGGACACGCGCUAUUCGACCCGUGAUAGCUCAAUCCGUACAAUUUAGUAAAAUUGCCAAAAAACUGAACAUAGAUUUGUGCCAAUUUUUUUCUCAUCGAAAGUGAGCACUGUCCUUAUUAAAAUCAUGAAAUAAAAAAUGGGGGUCACCGUACUCGUUUUUGCGGUAGAGCUGCAGAAAGUGCGCACCAAAUGCAUUUUCUCCGAUUUUUGAGAGAGGACUGGGGCGAGUGUCAAAAUAGAAUGUAUGUAAAAGGGGGAAGAAAGUAUUAAAAAAUCCGUUUUUACAGAAUUUACAUCGAGUUAUCACAUUUAGGACACAAUGUGAUAAAGAAAGCGUUUAAAUGAAAAUCAAAGUGAGUAAGCACAAGUUAAACAUCUACUAUCGAGGUUCUCUGAGAGGAAGUCGAACUCAGCAACACGCGUACUGCUUACGUUAUGCACAUUCCCAACACAUUGAGUCUCACCUCGGCAAGAAACAACAGCAAGCAAAAAUUCCAAUAACGUUUCUCUUCAGUCAACUUCAUUUUAAUGAUGUUACUUCACAUGCUCUUUUUUACGGCGGCCAUCUUGUUAUGCGCAGUAAGAGAUGCACAGUGCAAAACCAGGGAAUCACCUUAAGUUACGGACUUCUGCUCCAACGAUUUUUCUGAAAUUCCUCCGGCAUAUUUAUUAUAUCAAUUGAAGCCGAUACCAGAAAUUUCAGUAAAAAACAUCAGCAGUUUUUUUUACUAGACGCAAUUUUCUUUAAACAGUAGGGUCCUUUUAAGCGCUAAUUUAGCAAAAUAUAUUUACAAUCAACGAAAUCGGAAUAUUUCGUACUAUUGCUGAAUGAUAUCUGUUGUUCUUUGCAAAGUUUCUCAGCCAUCGCGUUAAAAACAAAAACGUUAUGACGAAAACUUCGUCACAGCUAAAUGCGCCUGUAUUAAUGACGGAGCCACCUUAAAGAUCCGCCCGACCCUCACUGGUUUGUCGUUGUGAGUUUGCCUUCACAAGUGUUUAUUAUUACCUGCCUACCUAAACUGGCUAGGACAGUCAGCGCUUUACUUACUGCCACUGUUAUUUACUUAUCGUUAUGAAUGCACUUACCGUCAACUAUUACUCUCCUAUUGCAACUUUAAAAAGUUGCGCAAAAAUGUAAGAGUGACGAUCUCACACUCUGCACAUGCCUGAUGAAUGUGGUGACUACGUUGCGUUGAUCUCCCAUUGUACAGGUUUGAUGGAGAGUUUUAUGACGGUGAACAUGACGUGGAUAAAGAAGACGCAUAUCUUGAAGUGUAACAAGAGGAUAAGAAGACAUGGAUGAGAAUCAACCCGGGUGAAUAUGCGACAUAGACUGCAGUAACAAGAGUAGAACUUAACAUCUCUUAGAAACCAAGUGAAGUCCUGGUGCAAGAGAUAAAUCACUUCAGGUUACUUGAUCCGGAAUACUGCAGCCCAUGUGUACCACCACAGAGAAGAAUGAAACCUCUCUUAUGUGAGCCGCUUGUGUUCCCGUCCAGCGACGCUCCUCUUCAUUUCCAACUUGGUUCUAUUUUUGCCUGCACUGCUAGUGUAAACUUGUAGUAUGUAAACUUGUAAAUAAAGUUGAUCUGAAUGAGGCUAUUUUAAAUGUUUACUUUGAUGAAAUAACUCAUAUUUUACAAUGAGUGAAAAUGUGGAAGUUAACGAGGAAGUGAUUGUCGCAGUCAUGAAUACAAUUUAAAGAUUUUUUUCGAAACAAGAAUGGAAAAACAUCAGGC